GGCUGAAGGAUGGCUGCAAGCAGAGGAGGAGGCCGAGCCCGCUAGCGCGCAGGCCCAGAAGCUUGCAAGCCGCGGCUGCCGGCGACGCCCCAGAGCGGAAGAGGGAAGUGAGUCGGACCGGGCUGGGCUCGCUAAAGGAGAGGCACCGCGGAGGGGCAGGCCAGCGUCGCGUCGCGAUCCGGGAUGUCGAAGAACACGGUGUCGUCGGCCCGCUUCCGGAAGGUGGACGUGGACGAAUAUGACGAGAACAAGUUCGUGGACGAGGAGGACGGCGGCGAUGGCCAGGCCGGGCCCGACGAGGGCGAGGUGGACUCGUGCCUACGGCAAGGAAACAUGACAGCUGCUCUCCAGGCUGCUCUGAAAAACCCCCCUAUUAACACAAAGAGCCAGGCAGUGAAGGACCGUGCAGGCAGCAUCGUCUUGAAGGUGCUUAUCUCUUUUAAAGCUAAUGAUAUUGAAAAGGCAGUGCAGUCUCUGGACAAGAACGGUGUGGACCUCCUAAUGAAGUAUAUUUAUAAAGGCUUUGAGAGCCCAUCUGACAACAGCAGUGCUGUGUUGCUCCAGUGGCAUGAAAAGGCCCUUGCUGCUGGAGGAGUGGGGUCCAUUGUUCGAGUUUUGACUGCAAGGAAAACCGUGUAGUCCAGCUGGAACUGGACACCGUUCACAGAAGUGGGAGUUGCUGGUAUAAAGACCAAAACAACCAAAUGGCACCGCUGCCCUGUGGGUAGCAUCUGUUUCUCUCAGCUUUGCCUUCUUGCUUCCUUUUUCAUAUCUGUAAAGAAGAAAAUUACAUAUCAGUUUCCUUUAAUGAAAAUUGAAAUAAUGUGGAGAAAAUUUUGUCUCAGUGGGGAUGUUUGACCCUUUCAUAACCAUGUCAAUAAUAUGUAUCACAUUCUGUAAUUUAUAUUCAAGUUUGAUUGUGCAAUUUCUAACUCUGUUGCCUGGUUUAAGGGUUUUACUUUAUUUUUAACCAAUACUGAGAGAUGUGAUCAAAGUUGAGGCCAGUUUCCUAACUCAUUGCUGGUCAGGAAGUGAUCUUUAUUUUUAAAAAUGAGAGACUGGCAGCUAUUAACAUUGCAAAACUGGACCACACUUCCCUUAUUUAAGCAAAAUGUGUUUCCAGGGCAAGUAGUGGGUGAGCCCUACUACCAGUUUCCAGCCUUCUUUCCGCUUGCCUCCAGAUGAUGCUAUAAGUGUAAGUGUGCUACUUCCUGUUAGCAUCCAACUUUCAUGGCCUCUCAAUCUCUUUGUGGUGACCCAGGGUCCGGAGCAAGGAGUCUUGCUCUAUAUAAAUGUAUUUACACAAUAUAAGCGCCUCUUUGGCACAAACAUCCCAUUUCCUUCUGGUAAUAAGGCUGCCUGGGGAAACAGUCCCAAGUCAGAGACAGGCCUCCAGCAGCCUCUGGAUGAAAUACUUUCAUCAGAAAUAAGGUAGCUGCCUUAGCCAUUACACAAGUGUUCACUGGAACAUUUCCCAUGAUUUCCCGAGGACGUCUUCAGUGUUCUUCAGGUAAUGGGGAUCUCAGAAGAUUUGGUUCUGAUCCAAAGACACAGUCUGUGUUUCAGCUCAGUGUUUUUAAGAAAGAAAAAUGCCACAUAGUAAAAGAAAAAAAGUGUUUACUUCGUUGGACAAACCAAAUUGAUUCUCAAAAAAUGACCGGUGCUUGUAAAAAGUUAUUACAAAGUAGUUCCGAAACCAACCACCUGAAUGUGCGUGGCCGAGAGGGAAUCAGCCUGCUUGUCUUUCCCUAAGAUGCCAACUCCAGAGUCACUGACUGAGGUGAGAACCAGCGCAGAAACUCUAUAAACUGCUGUUUUUGAUACCUGCUCUUUUUGUUUUGUUCUGUUUUGUAAAAUUAUGAUAAACUUCAGAAAAUAAAAUGUCAGUGUUGAAUAA